CUCAUAAAACCCAAAGCUUAUUCCUCCACUCACUGCCAAGGUGACGCGCCGAGCGGCUCACACACACUCAGUGGGCAUGAACACGGCCGGGGGACGAGGUUUUGGUCAAAGGUUUGCUGUCGGCUCUACUUUUCUUCUCCACAAAGAACCAAAUAAGUGACGCGUAAAAGGCGCAGAUAUUUCCCCGGUGUGAGGAUAAUCUGGAGGCUCUGCAGAGGGAAUGUGACAGCUGGCCCGGGCCACUGAAGGACUGAUCGUCGGUGUCCGCACAGCCACACUAUGCAGCAUCAUUUGGACAUGGGAGCGCAUUACUAUCCGCCGGAAGUCCAUCCUGACCACAGAACUCACCGCUACAGGAGUUUCAUGAUAGAGGAGAUCCUGACUGAUCCCCCGCAGCACAAAGCGUCGGCUCCGGCCGGGGAGCUCUUGAAAUUCGGGGUUCAUGCUCUGCUGUCCGCCCGGCCUUUCCAUAACCAGCUGGUGCUUAAAGCCGACCAGACGAGCCUCCUCAAGUUCCCCUUGUCCCCGCUGUCCUGCUCCCUCGGCUCCCCGCUCGGCUCUCCGCUGCUGUCCGCCGCUUCGGGCCUGCAGAUCGGCCCGUCGUCUCAUCACUUGCCGCUGGACCUACACCUCCGCGGGAAGCUGGAACACGGAGCCGACGGAGGCAGCAAGACCAAGAAGGGCCGCCGGAGCCGCACCGUGUUCACCGAGCUGCAGCUCAUGGGUCUGGAGAAACGCUUCGAGAAGCAGAAGUAUCUCUCGACGCCUGAUAGAAUAGAUCUGGCUGAGUCUCUGGGCCUCAGUCAGCUGCAAGUGAAAACGUGGUACCAGAACAGAAGGAUGAAAUGGAAGAAAAUUGUGCUGCAGGGAGGAGGCCUGGAGUCUCCAACUAAACCAAAAGGCCGCCCAAAGAAGAACUCCAUCCCCAGCAGUGAGCAGCUCUCUGAACAAGAACGAUCUGCCGCGGACACUGACCGCCAGUCUGAAGGCUCCAGCUCCCACUCAGAGAACACUCAGGAGGAAUGAGAUACUCUAUAUGCAGAGCCUCCAGGAUGCUCACUGGGUAUCUAUUGGAUGGAGCCGCACUCCAAAAACAGCACGGAGAGGAUGUGCUGGUGCUCUCGUGCAGGCUCCAGAGACAUGCAGGCCCCUGCAGAAGCCUAAAGUCCUCCAUGUGUCUGUGUCUUAGCUCUACCAUACACUCCCUCAUGAUGAACUCGCUGCUGCUGAGGAGGGAGCUCAAACCUUUGCAGUAGGUCUAACCUUUAUAUUCUACGGAUCCACUCUCACUCAUCUGUUCAUGUAACUAUGCUAUGUUUAAUUAUUAAAUA